AUGAAUAGUGGAUUUGUGGAGGAUUUUCAAGAUAUCCAUUGGGCCUCAAACCAACCUUGGAUUCUUCUCGAGACUAUCAAUCGGAAUUCCCGAAUUUACAAGUUCUCACGCAUCAAAAAGGAAGCCGAUCAUGAGUAA